CGACUGCCUACUUAAGUGACAGCUGGCGUUCACGUAGGUUCCGAGAUCGUAACGCGGACGCCCGCUACGUCCCAACAGCAAAAUGAAGUGGGAAGUCUGUGUUUUUCUCCUCUUCCUGGUCAUCGUCCCAUGCACGAUGCGCAGGCCGGAAUGUUCGUUACCUAAAGAUAUUGGAAACUGCGGUGUUGGAUGGCAGCUGUCUUGGCAGUGGUACUUCGACCUGGGCAUGGCGGCCUGUCGACCUUUUCUAUAUGGAGGUUGUGGUGGAAACGCGAACAGAUUUGAAUCGUGCCAGCUGUGUAACAGCGCUUGUGAAACUAAUGUCUGUGCGAAGCAGAAGCCUGGACCGAGUCCAUUUUCCAGGAGUGGGAAGCACAAGAAGAAGCCACGGGUUCACCGACGACGCCAUCCAGACUAUGACAGCGAGGAAUGAGGGGACGGCAAAUAAAAAAGGGUAACAUUGAAAAUUUCGACACCAAGGGAAUAAUUAUUAACCUAUGGGUACGCUGAAACUACUUUCCUGCAAGAGAAUCCAACAAGAAUGCAACGUUCCGACUAGCCCUAUUAGCAGUCUUGAUUCCUGCAAGUGCAUAAGAAGUUUGGUUUAAAAGAAAACGCCUUCUUGGUGUUGUCACACCAGUCUUGUGAUAGUACUGCGUAUUAUUAGGAUAAGUGAGUGCGGAAAAUAAAAUGUUUCACCAUCCUA